CUUGCCAUGAAACCAUUCACAGAUGAAGAUGUAGAAAUCUACAUCCAGAGCAAGGUAGAACGGCGACAUUAUCUGGUUUCCAAAGCAGUGGAGGAGGUGCAGAAAAUUAUCCAGCAACUGACAGCAGAAAUCAGCUAUAAGGCCACACGUUUCCAGGCUAUCUCCAACUCUGGCAUUCACAAUGAGAAUAUUAAGGUCUUAGCACCCAGCCAGUUCCUCAUCACAGUUCCUCUGCGUGGCCUGAGCGGGUACAGGGAAUGCCAGGUACGGCACUGGCGUUAUUACACCGUGCACGGAGCCAAGCUCCUCUCCUCCGUGCGGGACCCUGAGGAACUGCAUCAAUGGCUGGAGGUGGAGCAGUUCUCCAAAAGCCUUCAGCAGUGGCAUGAAACGGAUGUGAACAUCGAAGGUGAUCUGGUUCCAGCCAAAGUCCUUGUCAUCUUCCGGGAGCUGGUGGAGAAGUCAAUUCUCUCCUGUAACCUCUCCAGUAAAGUGACAAUGCUGGAGAGCUUCAGCUCAGGGAUCCGAGUGGCUGUGGAGACAUCAGAAUCACAGGUUGAGGUGGAGCUGGUCCCUGCUGUGGAGAUUCCAACUUGCUGGCCUGAGAAAGCUCAGUGGCCUCGUUGCCUUAAGCGUUGGCCUUCCCGGGAAAAAGUGCAGUGCAUCAAGUCACUUGGUUUUGACCUUUUGGCCCGCUCCAAUUACCACUGGCAGCUGUGCUUCUCCCGUGCUGAGCGUAUGCUCAUGGAAGGACUUGAUGAAGAUGGUGGUUGUCGCAUGAAGUGCUUCAGAGUCAUGAGGCAGAUGAAGGAAGAUGUCUGGUGUGCUGGAAAUAAGCCUAUCAUCACAGCUUAUCACCUGCAGACAGUGCUAUUCUGGACGUGUGAAAAAUACCCACGCACCAAGGAUUGGCGCUGCUUCCCUGAAGCCUUUCUGAGGCUGGUACAGAAGCUGCACAAGUGUGUAAGCCAGCACUUCCUCAAGCAUUACUUUCUCAAGAAUACCAAUCUGCUCAAAUAUGCCAACACCAGUGACCUGGAUGUGGUGGCCAGCAGGCUCACAGUCUUCUUGGAGAACCCUGUCUUUUGCCUGGACUAAGGCUGGAAAAGGUGUCCUUGCUCCUGUUGUGAGCCAAUCCUCCACCUUCUCUCCCAACCUGUGGCUGUUCUUCGUGUCCUUCCAGUAGAUGCUGCAGCUGGCUUUGUAAGGCAGUUGGCACAUGCAGUGUGAAAGAGAAGCGUCAAGGUGGCAGCAGUGGGCGGUGAAAACCGAAGGGAGGUAUCACUUGAUGCCCAGCUGAUCUAAUUCGCUUUUGGUAGCGACAGCCUGCCUGGAAGCCACAGUCAGUGAAGCCCAACUUCCUGUGUCAGUCAGAGGAGGCAACUGCCUUGUUCUGUGUCUCUAAGUCUUGUGGCACCUAAGCAGAAAGAUGGUGCAAAGAACUCUAGCUCUGCUGCCUACUGGCUGUGUAACCUAGCGCAUUGCUGCCUGCCCCUUUCUCACAAGGACAGAGGGUUUAGUUCCCUGCUAACCUCACAGGCCAGCUCUGCAGAAGAGCAGAGGAACAUUUCUGAGGUGUACUGAAGCUGGAAGCUUUCUCCCUGGCACAUUGAUGCCUCCAUCUCCAAUUCAAUGGGCUCCUGCUCCAGUACGAAGAUAACCGUGCUGAUAGUGUUGAAUAGCUCAAGUGAGGCAAGAAGAGGAAUAGUGCUUUUUCACCUCCUCCUAGUUUUUCUCUCCUUCAUUUCCAUUUGUCUUCCAGCUGAGUCAAAGAUGUUCUCUUCAUGUUUGCCUUUGCCAGCUGUGUUAGUGCCAUACAAUCAGGGGGCUUUGCCAGAGUAGAUUUCAUUCCCACCCCUGGCUCCAUCCAUUAGGCUGAAGGAGGAGAGAUCUUUCCUUAGUUGUUAGCACCCAUGUUAUUUGGGGUGGUGUACAGAGGGAAGAUAUUUGUCACAGGCUGUUCACUCCAACCCCCUUGUGCUUCUAAUAUUCUGGAUGUUUAAAAAGAAAAUCAUUUUUAGUGUUUCAAAAGAAGAGAGUUCUAGGAUGAGU